GUGAAGUGUGUGCUUGUGAACUUCUUUGUGAGCUCUCUGUAAAGUGAGGAAGUGACUUAUUGGCGCCACAGUGGGAAGAAAACUCGCAAGAGUGUGUCCUUUGGCAAUAAGGGAAAGUGCAGUGAUUUUUUUCCUCUGGAUUUCUCCGCCGUGAGAUUAUCUGAUUAAUGUGAUUUUCCUGUAUAGUGUGUGAGUGGGAAAAAUGCUGGAAAGAUCGAUUGAGUUCAGCGUAGAUCAAUUGAAAUGUUUUGAUGAGCUGAGAUUAAUGCUCCAAGAUUGCCCUCUGCUCGUAAUUCGUCAUGACAAUGAAUUCCUAUAUAAGUUCCUCUGCCUCAUGAACUGGAAUGUCGAUGAAACUUUCAAACGAAUGAUUACACUCUUCAAAUUCAGGAAAGACAAUCCAAAAUACUUCCUCUUCGGUCCCAUUGAUCUGCUACAGAAACUUCUGCACAGCGAUUGCAAGUAUUUGCUGGAAAAGCCAGAUCGCUAUGGUCGAUGGGUGUAUAUUGUUAAAGUGGCUCGCUACACCCAUGCAAAUAAUGUUUAUGAAAUAGCACAAUUGGACGACCUGUGGUUUUCCGCAAUAAUGGAUGAUCCGCAUGCCAUCAAGAAUGGUGUAUCGGUUUUAGUUGAUGCCAAAGAUGUUCCACUGCGUCUGGUCUCGUGGGUGACGCCAAAGCAUUCAAGGAUAAUGUCACAGAAGACGGAAAUUGCACCCUUUCGGAUAACAUUCCACUUCGUGAAUUCCUCCAAAGCCAUCAAUUUGGGUGUUAAGCUCGUGUUUCCCCUCAUCUCGGCAGAGGCGAAGAAAACCAUUCACUUUCACUACUCCGACUGGGAUUCUCUGCACAAGUGGAUUGGGAAGGAGGUGUUGCCGGUGGAAUACGGGGGGAGUGUAACCCAUCUGGACCAAGAUAAGUUGAAGGAGAAAAUCUACAACAAUGUGGACAAAAUCCUCGAGAAUAUGACUUAUGGCUUUGUGGAGCCUGAGCCAGAAAAUUGGGAUAACAGGUGCUCGUGAGGGUCUUUCUUCGACAACAUUGUGUGUAUAGAAAUUGUUUAGACACUUUUUGUAUAGAGAUAUAUUUUUUUUGUGCAAUAAAGUCCACUGUAUUUACCUUUA